AUGAAUUCCGGUGAACUCGAACCACCCAUCCGUGAAUCGAUCAAGCAGAUCACUCCAAGCAUUUGGACAAUCAGCACCUCGAUUCUCUGCUACGCCCUUCCUCAAAUUGAGACUCCGCCUGCACACCCAGUACUCGCAUCGUGGACAGACGGAGCACAGAUAUUCUGCUUGACCCAGCGGGCUGACACCUCGCCGCCAGUUCCCGCAAGCGGCCAGGGCGACUCGACGACGGGCAGAGUAUACGAUGCCGGACGCAGCACCGGCGUCUGGUUCAUCGGAAACGAAGCCGUGAUCAAAGUCAAAUCGUGGUUCCCCGGACAGCAAUCCGAAGCGUCUACCACUGCCUUUCAUCCGCUGCCAGAAUCGAUCUUCUUCUACGAGGACGAAGCUGCGAGCCGAUCGAUCUUCGUGAUGCGGCGGGUUGAGGGAACAACGCUCCAGACGGCGCGGCCGGAUCUGACCACUGUGCAACGUGCAUCCAUCGCUGAGGAGGUUGCUUCUCACGUUGCGACCUUGGCAAGGAUUACGAGGUCUAGAUACGAGUCUUGUGAUGGGUUCGGAAACCUCGACAAUUGGCACACGAGAAGCCAUCCCGCUUCUAAGCCCUUGUGGCGUUGUGAUACGCUUGGUCCUUUUUCGAUCCCAGACUUCAAGGCAUACUUGGAGUCAAUAUCAUCGGUGCCGUCGCCUCAGCUAGAUGAUCCCUUUAUGUUCUUCCAUGCAGAUCUGAACUAG